GGUGGAAGGUCAGGAAUUAAACCUGUAUGGAAGAAAGUUCCUUGUGGUGCCUAUUUUAAAGAGGCACUCUGCUUGCUCUCAAUCUCUCUAGUUACUCCACACACCCACCCCUUUUACAAAGGUCUCAAACUCCUAGCUCAGGUGAUUUAAUAUUUGUCAGCUAGUCCAUUCAUCCAGACUCCAGGCUUUUUAUAAUAUUUCGUUUUACAUUCUUUUUUUAAUCUGUCUGUUUUCUUUCCUGCUCUUUCCUUUUUCCCUGUUGUUGUCUUCCAGCCAAGCUAUUUGGCCUCCCUAAACUCUGAGACACUAUUUGAUCAGUCCAUCAGCUUCUCUGCCAUUGCUGAAAUUCAUUGUCCUUCUCCUUCAGCACCAAGUUUUCCUUCUAAGCCAAACUGCUAUAACCCACUGCCCUCCCCUCCUGUCUCCUUGGAGCUACACAUAGUGGAAGAUUCUAAUGAAACUGUUCUGCAGUCCAGUGCACUAAAAUCUGCCCCUUCAGCCCUGCACUCUACUACUUUAGCCCUUUCCAAUCCUCCAUGCUCCACUUCAAAUCCACAUCCAGACACAGGUAUCAGUGAUUCUGUCUCCAUGCUGAGCACUGAGCUGAGGUCGCUUAUGGUUUUGUCCCAGACCAGCAAUACUACCACAAAGGUGUCUACCACAAGCCCUGGCAAUCAACAGCCUAUAUCUGCCAAUCCCAAUCUGCUUCCCAGCAGUCAGACUAAAUCAACUCUAGUGUUUCAUGUGCCUAUUGCUAAAUCUCAAAGCCCAGUGAGUCAACCUGAAAAUACGAAGACCUCAAAAAAAGACAGUCCUUUGAUAAUUCAAGCUUCUAAUGAUUUCUGUCUUGUGACCAGUCCAGAGCCUAACACUGCUGCUGCAUCUCUGAUCUCUACAUCUAAAUCUGUAUCACCCAUCAUACAUUCCCUUUCAUCUCCUAAACCUUUUUCUCUUAACAACACCACACCUCCUAUCUCUACCGUACCAGUGCCCAAGACCUCAAGUGAACUUAAGCUACCUGACUCAGUUACUGUUACCACAAGACCACUUCCCAUUAUGAAGCCUGAGGCUCCAGCUUUGGAGCCUUCUCUUGAUGAUGCUUUGGAUAAUCUCCUCACAAUGAACUUCAGCAGGCCUGAGGCUGAGUCACAAAAUGCUGCAUUAGUUUGUAAUAUGAAUUCAGCAGAGCACAAAAAAGUGUUCGGUGGGACACUUGUUUCAGUGGACAGUAGAAUGGUGCAGCCGGACAUGCACACAGAGAGUGAGGCGGGAGAUGGGCUUCUUGAGGACCAGUCUGAUUUUCGGAGUGAACUUCUGGACUGGGCCGAUAUGGAACUGAAACUGUCAUAUGAUGGAGCCGAUGGCUCCAUGACUCCCAUGACUGAGGCUAGUUGGAUGGAUGGCUCCCUUACCCCUUCCUCCUGCCCUGGAACCCCAGAUGCCCAGAUGGACCUGCCCACAUUACAUCCCUUCAACACCAUGGAUAGGAUUUCAGCAUCUGGACAUAUCAAGUCUGUGAUCAGACGUACAAAGGAGACACCCAACGUCCAUCCCAUGUAUCGGGAUGGCAUCAUUCGGAGGAAGAUGGGCCCUGUAAUUUACCACAAAUGCAACUCUCAAGAUCGUCUCAUAGAAGAGCUUCAAGGCAAGCUGGGAAUUGCUCGCAAGGAACGCCCCAAGAAACAACCAGAUGAUUGGCUGACCGAGGGUGUUAUUGUCAUGUCGAAUCCUAAACGCUUGCGAGACAACCACAACAGGGAGGUGGAUAAGAUUAUUAUACCCCCUGAGUCUCCUAUUCCACAAAGAAAGGUGAUACCAACUCCCCAGGCCAGCUCCCCAGCCCCCCGCCUCCCACACCCAACCAUGGAACCAAAGCCCAGGCCUACAGUAAAAGCUGUACCAGUUCCACCUCCCCCUCCUCCCACCCAGUCUCCACCUAUUCCUGCCCCCUCUCAAAUUCCUAGGGAAUCCACACCUCCUCCCCAACUCCCUGUAGAAUGUGAUCCUCCUCCAGUCCAAAUAAAUCCCCCUACUCCUGGCCCAGUAGAACCUCCUUCACUCCUGACAAACCCUGCUGCAACAACACCUUCAACUCAGUCACUCCCACCUGCCCCUGUUGUCCAUUCCAAAGUGCUGGUAUCUGUGGGCUGUCAGACGGAACAUGAUAUCUUCUUCUCUCCAAUGCAGGUGCAGGCAUGGAGAGCCCAAUGCAAGGACCAUUCAUUUCAGUUUUUUUAAUUUAAUUUUGUUUUUUUUAAAUAUAUUUAAUGUUGCAGAUUAUCCAUGAGACUCAAAUCUCUAAAUCUCAAAUUAAUUUUUCAUUUUAUUGUUUUACUACAUAAAUGUAGUAAUGUAAGCAUGACCAGCUUAAAACAGACCGUCCUCCCAUGUGUGUGGCGCUAUAGAUUAAUUGGUGGAAACGUGCAUCCUAUUUACUCAACUGCAGGAUGUGUUAUAGAUUAUUAGUUUAAUUAGAUCAGUUCCUGUUAAAAUAAUCUAUAACUUUAUUUUAAAUAGUAAAUGGCAAAAAUUUAUAUACACCUAUGUAUGGGUGUUUACAUUCCGGAGUGUAUGAAAAGCUUUGUUAUACUAGCUUUGAAUUUCUGGCCAAUAAAUGAAUGUCUGUUGAUCUGGAAACCCCAGGACAAAAUUGUUUUUUAAAAAAACUGGUUUUAGCAGAAUUACACUUUUUCUUUAAGUAGAGAUGUCAAAGUAUGUUUAAGGCAGAAAAUGUUUGGAAUUGCAUAUAACCUUGUUGGCCUAUGAUGAAAUCUUGUUUGAUAAGUUUAACAAAAUCAGGGGUAUAUUUAGUCAGUCUGCCUAAAGAUGUCUGAAAUCUUGCUUACCAUGUGUACUAUUCUCACAUUAUGACUGCCAGACUUUGAUCGUUGUAUAAUUGUUGAAUAGCUAGAGCAAAACAAUUUUACACUAGGCACAAGAUGAAAGAUGUUUUAAACUCUUUGAAUGACCUUGUAAAAUAUUUCAACAAAAUUCAAUGAAUUAGUUCAAAGUUCAACUUUAUUUAUAUAGCACAUUUACAAACAGCCACACGGCUGACCAAAGUGCUUCACAGUGCGUUUGACAUUACACAUACACUUAAGAAUACACACAUGCACAAUAAAAUAGAGUUCAAAAAGCUAAAAUAAGAAUUAUUAAAAAAGUAGACAAAAUAAAAUAACCAGUUUAAAAGAAAGUGAUAUAAAUAUAAACCAUAAAAUAUAAACAAACAUAAACCCCUGGGCAAACCCCUAAUCUCUAAUGGCAGGGAGUUCCAUAUUCUAGGACUGGCCACAGAAAAGGCACGCUCUCCUCUACGCUUGAGCCUUACACGAGGGACCACCAACAUAGCCUGGUCAGAUGAACGAAGACUUCUAAUAGGAGAGUAGGGAUGAAGAAGUUCAGAUAAGUAGAGAGGAGCGGUAUUAUGGAGAGACUUAUGGACAAAGAGUAAAAUCUUAAAAUCUAUUCUCUGAGAAAUCGGCAGCCAGUGUGGAGAUUUGAGAAUGGGAGUGAUGUGUUCAUGUUUGCGAAACAAUUAGAGAGAAAUCUGGCAGCAGCAAUUUGGACCAGCUGGAGACGCGUAAUCUGAGUUUUAGAUAUACCGCAAUAUAAAGAGAUGAUAUACUGCAAUAUAAUGAAUUAAUCAUGUAAAUAUAAAUUCUGAUAAGGUCUAUAAAUAAACAUAUAUGCAUGACCAGACUUUAAAACUUUACUUGUGGUUAAGGUACAUGUAAAAGAGAUCUCAAUUCAGGGAAGCCUGUAUUUGCCAAUCUCAGAAUUUUGCUGUGUAAAUCGUUUUCCCGGGUUUGCACAAAACCGGUUCCUUGAUGGAUCUUUAAUGACUUAAUGUCAUUGUGGAAUAUAGGGAAGCUUUAUAAGAAAUUUCAUAUGUAUACAUUUCAUGUACAGAAUUUCCCCAUGUUUGUGUUUUUGUAAUAAACAGACACACAGAAAAAACUUCUCAAAAGUCUAUUUAAUUUUAAAGUAUCAGGAUGUUUAUUGACUGACCAAAUCUUUUUCCUUUCCUAUCU